CAGAGCCUGUUUGCCUUCCUGGAGCACAGGCGCAUGCGACGGGCCAGCCGGCCACUGAAGCUGCCCUCUCCCCGUCGGGGCUCGGUGGUGCUGUGCAUUGCUGCAUACCAGGAAGACCCUGACUACUUGCGCAAGUGCCUGCGCUCUGCCCAGCGCAUCGCCUUCCCUGACCUCAAGGUGGUCAUGGUGGUGGAUGGCAAUCGCCAGGAAGACGCCUACAUGCUGGACAUCUUCCACGAAGUGCUAGGUGGCACUGAGCAAGCUGGCUUUUUUGUGUGGCGCAGCAACUUCCAUGAGGCUGGCGAAGGUGAGACAGAGACAAGCCUACAGGAGGGCAUGGACUGCGUACGGAACGUAGUGCGUGCCAGCACCUUCUCAUGCAUCAUGCAGAAGUGGGGAGGCAAGCGCCAAGUCAUAUACACAGCCUUCAAGGCCCUUGGUGAUUCAGUGGACUACAUCCAGGUGUGCGACUCUGACACUGUGCUGGAUCCAGCCUGUACCAUCGAGAUGCUUCGAGUCCUGGAGGAGGAUCCCCAAGUAAGGGGAGUCGGGGGAGAUGUCCAAAUCCUCAACAAGUAUGACUCGUGGAUCUCCUUCCUAAGCAGCAUGCGGUAUUGGAUGGCCUUCAAUGUGGUGUGGGCCUGCCAGUCUUACUUUGGCUGUGUGCAGUGUAUCAGCGGGCCCUUGGGCUUGUACCGCAACAGCCUCCUCCAACAAUUCCUGGAGGACUGGUACCAUCAGAAGUUCCUAGGCAGCAAGUGUAGCUUUGGGGAUGAUCGGCACCUCACCAAUCGAGUCCUGAGCCUUGGCUACCGGACUAAGUAUACAGCUCGCUCUAAGUGCCUCACAGAGACCCCCACUAAGUAUCUCUGGUGGCUGAACCAGCAGACCCGCUGGAGCAAGUCUUACUUCCAGGAGUGGCUCUACAAUUCUCUCUGGUUCCAUAAACAUCACCUCUGGAUGACCUACGAAUCAGUGGUCACAGGUUUCUUCCCCUUCUUCCUCAUUGCCACGGUCAUACAGCUUUUCUACCGUGGCCGCAUCUGGAACAUCCUCCUCUUCCUGCUGACGGUGCAGCUAGUGGGCAUUAUCAAGGCUACCUAUGCCUGCUUCCUUCGAGGCAAUGCAGAGAUGAUCUUCAUGUCCCUCUACUCCCUUCUCUACAUGUCCAGCCUCCUGCCAGCAAAGAUCUUUGCCAUUGCUACCAUCAACAAAUCUGGCUGGGGCACCUCUGGCUGAAAAACCAUUGUGGUGAACUUCAUUGGCCUCAUCCCCGUGUCCAUCUGGGUGGCAGUUCUUCUGGGAGGGCUGGCCUACACAGCUUAUUGCCAGGACCUGUUCAGUGAGACGGAGCUAGCUUUCCUUGUCUCCGGGGCCAUCCUGUACGGUUGCUACUGGGUGGCCCUGCUCAUGCUGUACCUGGCCAUCAUUGCCCAGAGAUGUGGGAAAAAGCCAGAGCAGUAUAGUUUGGCUUUUGCUGAGGUGUGA